AUGCAUAACUCAGGCGUGAUCUGCUUUGUUAUAGGGAGUUUCUUCUGGCUCCCCCAUGUGAGAGGUGAGGAAGGCUGCCUUAACACUGAACUCUGUUCAGGUACAGAAUGGGACCGUCUGUGGUAUAUCUGUGUGCCCUCCCGUUGCAGGCUGGUGCUGGUGGUCGGGGGGCUCCUGCUGCUGUGUGGCCUGGUGUCUGUCUGCGUGAGGUGCUGCUUCCAGUGCCAUCAGGCAGGGGACGAGGCGGGCCCCCAGCCCUAUGAGGUCACCGUCAUUGCCUUUGACCAUGACAGCACCCUCCAGAGCACCAUUACUUCUCUCCACUCGGUGUUUGGGCCUGCUGCCAGGAGGAUAUUAGCCGUGGCACACUCCCACAACGCUGUCCAGAGCACCCCUUCCCUCUCUGCACCUGACACCCCCCCAGUGUACGAAGAAGCUCUGCACAUGAGCAGGUUCACCGUGGCCAAGGCGGGGCAGAAGGUGCCGGACCUGGACCCGGUGCCAGAGGAAAAGCCGCAGGUGCCUGCCGAGGGCAAGGACACCCAACCAGCCCUCCCAGGACACUGA